AUGCGCCUCCGCAUCCAGCAAUGCAUUGAGAAAUUCGGGCGACACAAUACCGAUAAGCACCUUCAGCCGAAACCCAGCGCGGUGUCGCACCAGUCGGCAACUGUACACCCCGACAAAACCCCUCGCGUGGGACCGGAUACUGGCUCUCCGGAAGUGCAGGUUGCUAUCCUGACCGCCAAAAUUCUCAAUCUGUCUCGGCACCUGCAGACCACCAACAAGGAUAAGCACAACAAGCGCAAUUUGAGACUCCUGGUUCACAAGCGACAGAAGCUACUCCGGUACUUGCGCAAGAAGGAGAGGGGUGGACCCAGAUGGCAGUAUCUGGUUGAGACCCUGGGACUGUCGGAUGCCGCAUGGAAGGGAGAGAUUAGCAUGUAA